AUGUCAGAGACCUCUAUCACGCCCCAAGGUGAAUCAAGCUCAUCCCAGUCGCUUCCGACACAGCAGUUGAACCGCUCCUGCGAGUCCUGCCGCAGCCUCAAGGUACGCUGCCUGCCCAACUCAUCCACGCCGAACCAGUGCCAGCGAUGUGCAAAGGGCAAAAAGGCCUGCGUCUUCGUGGCUCCUCAACGGCGUCGGCCGCGGAAACGCACCGACUCGCGAGUGGCUCAGCUGGAGAGGGAAAUGCGGAUGAUGCGUUCUCUGCUGAAGGACCGUAUUCGCGAAGAAAGUGAACCGGAGUCUCCCGAAGGCAGCGAGGGGUCUCUCGAUGAGUCCGGGGAACUGGACUUGCACGACCAUCUGGGCCCUAUCCCAGAGGCCCCGGCCAGUGCAACGGGCUCCAGUCGGUUUAUGGACUAUUCGCCCGAGUUUAUCAAUACCGCUCAUCCUGGGAUGGGUGGGAGUGGUCCUCUUUCGGCACCGCCGUCCAUGUCUGGGUUGCAUAUGAACUUUUCGCCCGAUGCGAAUCGACCUCCUCUGGAAGAUGUGGUGGAUCGGGGUAUCAUUUCACUUGAAGAUGCAGAGCACACCACGGCUGUACAGCUGCGGCAAAUGAAGCCGAUCUUGUUUCUCUCCGUAAUAUCUGCGGCGGCAAUCUCGAUCGAUGCGGGACUAGCGGGUGUGUUGAAUCGUGAAAUGGUUCGACUGUAUGCGGAACGGUUCUUUAUCGAGGGAGAAAAGUCGCUCGAGUUGGUGCAGGCCUUGUUGGUCAUGAUCAUCUUCUAUUACCCGCCCGGCUCGCCCUUGAAGUUGCAGUUUUAUCAGUAUACCCAUAUUGCCUCGACAAUGGCGCUGGAGAUCGGCCUAGCCACGAAACGGCGGGUCUCGAAGAAAAGGUCCGACCGGAAGAAUAGGCAUGAGCCGCACGAUGAACUUUUGGCUGAGCAGGCAAGGGCUGUUCUGGGGUGUUAUCAUCUAGGGUCAGCUGUGGCCAUGAAAACCCGUCGACCUAAUCUCCUCCAGUUCAAUGACUGGAUGAAUGAAUGCCUGCAGCAACUAGAGCGAUCACCGCAUCGGACAGAUCAGCACCUGGCGGUCUGGUUUGAGCUGCAACGGAUCACGGACGAGGCGAUGUCUUCAUUUGGCUUGGAUGACACGAGUGCCUCUUCACCCUUGACCGAGUCGCGGGUUCAGGCUGUACUGCGAUGGUUUGACAAGCGCAUGGAGGCGUGGAGGAAAAGCACUCCAAACGAUAUGCUCACGGUCCCCAUGAUCCUCGAAUAUCGAUCCGCCGUCUUAGCCAUGUACGAACUCGGCGUAGGAGAAGGCUACCGCGAUCCAGACGCUAUCAAAAAGCGGUACUUCACGCUCCCAACCCUAGACGAAGACGGUAAUCGGCCCCUAGGCCCGCAGAUGAGCGCCAUCCGCAUUGACAUCAACGUGAAAUGGAUGAACGCAGCGCACGAACUGCUCGACGCAGUCUUGACCUGCAGCGUGGACACGAUGCGUAGAAUGCCGAACCUAACGUACACUCGGUUCGGCAUGGCCGUGACCUCCCUGCUCAAGAUACAUUUCUCCGUGCGAACGGGCGCCCUCGGCGAGGUGGUCACGCCGGAAACUGUGAACGUGGGCUACUACCUCGAUGCAAUGGCAAGUAAGCUGGGCGAGGCAAGCGGCGGCGGCAAAUACAAGAUUCCGAGUCGGUGGUAUCAUAAGCGGUAUACCGGGGGUGGUGCGGGUGAUGUUGGUUCUGGGAUGGUGUCUGAGAAUUCAUCGACGGACACAAAACCCAUCACUUCGACGGGCCACCUAUCAGGCUCACAGGACCAGCCUGGACAUAUGGACCACCCGGUCAAUCCAUCGGCUGUAGACUCGUUCGGGGUGUCAACGGGGUUACCGCAUAUGCCGCCAGGCAUGGAGAAUAUGCGGGAUGGAUAUGUGGCCAUGAGCGGUGCAGGCAUGUGGCCCAUGGACGAGAGCCAUGCUCAUGGUCAUAGCCAUGGCGGACACGGCCAAUUCUUCCAGUCCAUGCCUGCAGGAUACCAGCCCACGCAUGCACCCGGGACGACGGUUGCCCAUCAAUUUGGAUUUAAUCCGCAGCGAAUGCCUCCGCAGGGUGGAGGUCAAAUGCCCGGUACGGGCAUGGAGUUGGAUGGCUGGCUUCCGGAUGGGAGCAUCUUCGGUAUGCCUCCGCUGCCGGAGUUUUGA